AUGACACAUCGGAUACUAAGCUGGGUUUGGAGCAGAUCAGAUCAUAACGUAUUAGAUGAUCGCCCACCACCUACCGUCAUUCAUGUUGCUCUACUUCGUAAGAACAGCCCGAAGAUUGGUGUCGGUCUUUUCCGGGCUCUAUUCAUUUCCUUAUCUGUAUUUUUUGAAUUUGACUGGUAUAACCAUGAGGAAGGGGUCGACAUUGUAGCAUUUGUUGGGUUGUUGCUUUUCACUUUCUUUGGCACUGCUAUUCGCUCGCAUGUAGCUGGUGAGAUAAAGUCGGGCCAGGCGAAACAUCUUGUUCCAUUUAUUAAUGGAUAG